AUGACAUCGUUCGCAAAUAUGACGCCGUCGCUGGCGGCUAGUCUGCCGGCCACCUCGACAUCUUCGUCGGGCUCAAAUCUUAACUCUGCCGACCAGGAGGACCCGCUCGCCAUGUCUAACAUCAUAUGCAGCCUCCUGGAGAACAUGAACAAGCCAUCGAGUCUACAAAGCGGACCCUCUAAUUCAAACGCCUCAUCAGUACCAUAUGAUAUCUGGGCUCUACCAUCCUGCAGCACCAUACCGAAUCCCAUCGGAAGUUCCAGCCGGGAGUUUUCAUCGACCAACAAUAAUAAUAACCCGAGCCACUCGAAGGAAGAUAACUCGAGCGGCUCCCCCGCUACGUCAUCUUCGGUCUCGAUCACCUGUUUCCGUUGCGAGGAGCGCACGCCGACCACACGCUGCCUCGAAUGCAACGAUCUCUUCUGCCACGAGUGUUGCCAUAAAGUGACGUCCGAUUGCCAAUUACGUGAACACACUUUAUUGCCCAUACACCAGAUUUCGCCGAUCGGAGCCCGACCCAACUCUGUCACAAAUGACAAGGAGGUUAUGUAUUGUGAACUACAUUGCGAUCCCGUGAGAUUCUAUUGUGAGGCGUGCAUAUUGUUUAUCUGCCAAGAGUGCACUCUGUGGGUCCACAAAGAUCAUUGCUAUUCCCCAAUAAAGGGUGCACUCGAUAUGUGUCGGAUCGGAGUAUUCCGUGCGAUAGAAGACACGAAGACCGGAACGAAGGCCAUUAAAACGGCAAUCGAUAGGGCAGUCGCGAUGUCCAAAGCCUAUGAGAAAGAAACGGCUGAGGCCAACAUGAAGAUUAGGAAAGCGAUGCGCUGCUUCGCGCAAGCCAUUGAAGAUAGAGAGAAAUAUCUGUUGGACAAAGUGGAAAAGAUGCGACAAGCUAAAAUGAGCGAAUUGACCGAUCAUAUGAAUACUCUUCGAGGGAUUCUAGCUGGGCUGGCUCAUACUAAUGAGACGUUAGUACGAAGUAUGGAUUCCGAAGGCAUCGACUUGUUUAUGGCCAAGGAGAAAGGUAGAGCUCAAGUAGAUUACUUCUCUUGCAUGUUCAAAAAUAUGUAUACGACCGAAGAGCGCAUAAUGUUCAUACCGCCCAACUACGAUUUGGUCGAUCAAAUCAAGAGGCAAUGCGAUGUACAGUCCGCCCCAGUUAGUGCUAUCCACGCUUUGACUUCUUCAUCAUCGCUCGUGAGCCACCGUUCAUCCACGCGCCAGUCAUUGCUGCAGUCGCUACAAUCGGCGCAAACCUAUCCGCCGCUGACAUAUCAAAUGUCGAUCACGAAUAGCCUUCGGUCUCUGCCAGAUUACACAACCAGCCACACCAGGUCGACCAAUUACUAUGACCACAGCAUCUCCUCUAGCAUUUCUAUGGAUUCCAAUCCAGCUCGCGGUAUUGGACAAGCGAUCCCCGGAUAUUGGAUGUCUGUGUCAGUGAAGCCUACUAGAAGUCCAGUACCGGGCGUCCCCAUGUUCUCUUUCGGCAGGGAGGGCCAAGAGGAAGGUCAAGUGUCCAGACCGUGGGGCCUGUGUGUAGAUAGGGAGGGUAACAUUAUUGUGGCAGAUAGAAGGAACAACCGGAUUCAAAUAUUCAACAACCGCGGGGAGUUCCGCAGCAUGUUUGGCUCGAAAGGGACGGGACCGGGCGAGUUCGAUCUCCCCGCUGGUAUCACAACUGACACGUACGGUCGUAUAAUAGUAAUCGAUAAGGAUAACCACAGAGUGCAGAUAUUUACUUCUUCCGGUAACUUUAUCUUGAAAUUCGGCUCUUUCGGCAAAGAGUGUGGACAAUUCCAAUAUCCUUGGGACGUAGCUGUAAAUACUUUAGGAAAUAUUGUCGUAACGGAUACGCGCAAUCAUCGUAUCCAGCUAUUCACUAGUGACGGAACAUUUAUUACUAAGUUCGUGUUCGAAGGGGCGAAUCCCGCUAAGUUGUUGAAAGGCCCGACAACGCCCCGAGGCGUGUGUUUCACCACGUCUGGUAACAUUAUAGUGUCGGAUUUCGAAAACCACCGUUUGCUCAUGGUGGACCCGACCCUCUCGAAGGUCCUGCAUUGCGUGGGCCGCGAAGGGUCCGGCAUAGGUGAACUGAAUCGUCCGUCCGGCAUCGUGACGGACGACGACGGCCGCAUCAUCGUGGCGGAUUCGAAGAAUCACCGCGUGCUCGUGUUCACCUCGGAAUUACGUAUCCUGUGGGCGGUGGACCUUAAGAGCCCCGGCCUCGACGACAAGGACCGCCCCAGCGACGUAGCCCUCACCCCCGAGGGCUACCUGGUCGUGCUGUUUGAGACGCUCCCCGACACCGCGCGCGACAUCUCCUCCCACGGCAAGCAAUACAUUAAGGUAUACUGA